AUUUGGAUGUCCAGUCUUCCACAAGUUUAAUGGAAUUCGGUUCUCGUCAUUAAAGGAUUUAAUACCUCCAGCAGGCAGAUCUACUCUCUGUGGUAGAUGUCUACAACAUGGAAGUGAAGGAAAGUUCUGUACGUUAAGUAAGAAUGUGAAGUGCUGAGCUGUAUAUCAGGCUUCCCAGUUCCUGGUUCAUAACUUUAGGGAGAGUUAAACAUUAACUCGUGCAGUGUCCUGCCCACUCUGAAAGGAAAGGUAGUCCCAGGUGAGUGAUUUCACUGAGCUACUUCGCAGCAAAGAGGAUCUCACCUGGUGUAUGCUGAAUACUCAGGAUCGGUGAUUAGCCGGACCAGAAUCACCGUCUGUAGUUGCCAAAGUAACCACAUGAACUGAGCUGAAAAGAAAAUUCUUGCAAUAUAUUUUCAAAAAAUCAAAACCAAAGACAACGACAGGUUCCCAGCAGUUGGUUUCCAGUUGAAUUAGUCUCUGGUGUCUCCGGAAGAGGGACAUCAUGGCGGCUGCAGCAACAGAUGAUCUGGAACUGCUGAAGCGGAGCAGCAGCUUUGGAUUGCUGCCACCUCACAUGUCUGAGCUGAGGGUUGUUCUGCUGGGGAACAGCUGGUCUCAGAGGAGUUCAGUGGGGAACUUCAUACUGGGAGAGACUAAGUUCAACACUGAGGAAGAACUAGACUGCUGUCAAAGACAAAGAGGACAGUUGAAGGAGAAAGAAAUAGUUCUCAUCAACACUCCAGAUCUGCUGCAUCCCAACAUCUCUGAAGACAAACUGAGAGAACAUGUGACAAACUGUGUGAGACUCUCUGAUCCUGGACCUCAUGUGUUCCUGCUGGUCCUACACCCUGAAGGAUUCACUGAGGAACUCAAACUGAAACUCUGCAGAGUCCUGAAACUCUUCAGUGAUCGAUCAUUUGAUCAUUCACUGGUUCUGAUGUCAACACCCAGAGAGAAGAGUCCAGGUUUCAUGGAAAAAUACAUGAACCAUCCGCCCUUAAAAGACAUGAUCAGCAUGUGUAGAUACAGACACCUGAAGCAGAAGAACCUUGAACUUCCAGAGCUGUUGACACGCUUGGGUCAAACUGCAAAGGAGAACAAUGGAGAGCAUGUCAGCUCUGAUGGGUUUGAAGAUGAGGAUGCAGGUUUAGUCAUGACACAAAAGUCUGAACACAUCAAACCAGCUUUAAACCUGGUUCUGUGUGGGAGGAGAGGAGCAGGGAAGACUUCAGCAGCCAAGGCCAUUUUAGGUCAGACAGAGCUUCAUUCAGUCUCCAACUCAUCAGUGUGUCUUAAACAUCAGGGAGAGGUGUGUGGACGUCAGGUUUCCCUGGUGGAGCUGCCUGCCUUGUAUGGAAAACCUCAAGAGGCAGUGAUGGAGGAAUCAUUCAGGUGUAUCUCCCUCUGUGAUCCUGAGGCCGUCCAUGCCUUCAUCCUGGUCCUACCUGUGGAUCCCCUCACUGAUGAAGACAAGGGAGAGUUAAAGACCAUCCAGAACACAUUCAGCUCUCGAGUCGAUGACUUCACCAUGAUUCUGUUCACUGUGGAGUCAGAUCCUGCAGCUCCAGCUGUUGUUGAGUUUGUAAAAGGAAACAAGGACAUCCAGGAGCUCAGUCAGAGCUGUGGAGACAGAUAUGUUGUUCUCAACAUCAAGGGCAAGCAGCAGAUCCCAGAGCUGUUGGAUGCUUUGAAACAAAUGACAGUUAAAGGAUCCAGAUGCUUCACAAAGGACAUGUUCACCAAGGCUCAGAUGGAGAAGGUUUCAAAACUUAAAGCUCAGCUGCAGGAUGUGAAACAGCGUGAGGAGGGAGGUGAUGAUGAAAACCAGAGCAGAGAGCCUCUCAGGAUGGUGCUGUUUGGGAAGGCUGGCAGUGGGAAGAGUGCGACAGCAAACACUAUUUUAGGGAAAAAGCAUUUCAAACCCAGAAUCGCCUCGAAGCCAGCGACCAAGUCUUAUGAGAGAGCAACAGGAGACAUUGAUGGACGGCCUGUCGCUGUGGUCAACGCCCCCGGCUUGUUUGAUACAACCCUUUCUGAUGAUGAAAUUCGACAGGAGCUUCACAAAUGCUUCAGCAUGUUGUCUCCUGGACCUCAUGUGUUCUUAUUAGUGAUGCAAAUAGGAAACUUUACACAAGAGGAAAAAGACUCUGUGGAGCUGAUCAAGAAAUAUUUUGGCAAGAAAGCUGUAGAAUUCAUCAUCAUUAUAUUCACCAGAGGAGAUGAUCUGGAAGAUCAGACAUUUGAGAGUUAUAUCGAAGGUUGUGAUGGCUUUGUCAAACAACUCAUAAAUGACUGUGGGGAGAGAUACCUGGUCUUCAACAACAAAGAUGACACAAACCGCACACAGGUCAGAGAGCUGCUGACCAAGAUCGAGACCAUGGUGAAGGAAAAUGGCGGCUGCUACAACACUGAGAGGUUUGAUGACAAAGAGGAAUUCAUACAAGUGGACAGGAUUUUGAAAGAGAAGGAAGAAGAGAUAAAGAGAAAGGAUGAGGACCUCAGAAAACAUGAGGAAGAUUUGAAAACACUGCAAAGGAAAAUGAAUGAACAGCGUGGAGAAAUUGAACAGGAGAGAAAACUGAGAUCGAAACAGCUGAAGGACAAAGACGAAUGCAUCAACAAGGAGCGUGAGAAGAGAAAGAAAGAACGGGAGGAAGAAGAGAGGAGACGGAAAAAACAAGAAGAAACUCUGCGACAGGAAUGGAGAAGAAAACUGGAAGCUUCGGAGAAAACAGUUCAAUCAGAAAGAGAGCAAAGGGAAAAUGCUGAGAGGAAGCUGGAGCUGUGUAGAAAAGAGAUGAAGAGAGAUCGAGACGCCUGGGAAAAGGAAAGAAAAGACAUCUGGGAACGAAUACGUCAGGAGGAUAAACAGAGCCUGGAGGAGGUGAAAACAAGCUACAGAAAGCUCCAAGAAGAGUACUAUAGUAAGAGAAGAAAAUGGACAUGGUCUUUGUUUGUGCUGUUGAUGUUGCAGGUAUUUUUUUUUUGUUAUGUUUUUCUGAGUCCUGCAAACACACACACUACAGAGACAAAAGAACACACAUGAAGAGUUUUACAUCUUGCUGGCUGUUCUUACUGGAAAGGGUAAUUCCAGUAUUUUUAAACCUGGGCCCUAUUUUUUGCAUAUUUCAGGGUCUAAAUGACUAAUAGGUACAAAAAGCUUUGGAAUUGUUCCAGUAGAUCUCCUCAGCCGACAGCAGCGAAACGGCUGCAACAUAAUCCUUGGGGGUAAUUGCGCCCGUCAAAUGUACGACCAACAAUAUUCUUGUUUUUCCCAAAAACAGGCUCAGAUUGUGUCUGACAACAUUAGGAAAAGGAUCCCUACAGAGAUAGACCUUUUUCUUAAAGCCAGUGUAGGUAACAUUGGAGAAACUAGCAACAGACAGCAGAUUUUGAAAGUAUCCAACUGAAAAAAUCCCACCCCCUCUCUUCAUGCCUCCCUCCAAAUCCAAUCCCUGAAAACACAUUUUCAUACGCAAUGAGUACACGAGUAGAGUGCACGAGGUAGGUAGGCAGGUAGUUAGGUACGCUAGCAAGUAAUUUCAUUUGUUCUGAAUUGGAUGACCUUAUUACAGGCCUACGACAGCCACUUUUUUCCCCAGAGCGUUGGAUUUAUUGAUUGUUGUCAGGAUGUAAAGAGAAUUUCAACAAAUAUAACAAAAAAUGCUUCAUACCUACCUACAUUACCUACCCUAGAUUUAAAGAGUACGAUGACUCACUGACUCGCAUUUCCACCGUCGUCUUCCUGCAACAACUCACCUCUUGUGAGAUUUCAGAGUGAGACUUCUCCUUGAGCGAGAUGUCUGUGUCUGGUUAAACAAAAAGGAUCUUACUCUUUAACAUUCAUCUUUAUCACCUUGAAUAGUAAUAAUUGUUUAAAGUGGGAACUUGCUUCUCCAGGCUGCAUGGUAAGCAAACAUGCACAGGGAUCAUUUGGAAUAAUUUGAGUUGCUGUUUCUUUUUCUUCUUGUACAGAUUUUAGGCCUUAAAACGUUUGCGUGUUUUGUUUUUUGUUUUUUUUUUUUUUGGGGGUUCGUUUCCACCUCCCUACAUAGGUAAUAUAUAGGUAAAAGUAAAAUAAUAGUGUUUCUGAUUAAAAUUUUACAACAAAAAACAAUAUUAUGUAAAAAGUGAACAUAUUAUACAUUAUACAUAUAUACAUUAUUUUAUGCAUUUUUUGUGUUAAGUAAAGUGCUGUUUAGGCCAAGAGUGCCAAUCUGGAGCUCGUGCAGUCGCCUAUACAAUUUCUUUAGAUCAUAGAGGCUUUUUGAUGGCAGCAUUUAUUUUCUAUUUUGUGUGGAAAAGUAAUAUGUACUAUACAGCAUAUAGUCCUAUUUAUAUGGUUUAUCUUAUUUCAUCAUAGCCCUUACAUCACCCUUUUGUUCAACAUUGUGAAAGAUAUAAAACUCUGGAGACAUUUUCAUCAUGAAUAAAAUAUUUACUGUAAA